AUGCAGCUCCCAGCUGCUGAACAUCGACCAUCGGGGCAGAUAAUGUCACUGCAAUGGUUCACUUCUUCACAAUACUCACCAACGAAACCGACUCCACAUUCACAUCUUGUUUGGAGAAGUCCGUUCGGAAUACUCCAAAUGGAUUCUGAUCCGAGGUGGUACUGGCGUUCUGCAGUGAGACCAGCUGACGGCAUAUUCCGCCGUUGCUGCAGAAAACACUAUCACAUAAAGACGUCGACAUCGACUGCAAGAGUGCGUGUGGAAAAUCGUUCCUUUGGAAGAAACCAUGCAAGAUGUCACGCGAAUCGUUCGAGGUGAUCACUCGGUGAUUACGAUCGAUCACAGCGAGCGAUAGAGCAUUGCGAUGCUGAGCAGCGUCAACUUUGACCGCCAACGGAUAGAACGUCAGGUCAGUAUAGGAUCGCUGAAGCUCAGUGAGAAAAUCAGCAACUCUGGCCGGUGCUGCGUAGAAGAUGACUUGCAGAGCUGAUUGUUGAAGCUCCUCCGAACUUUGUAGAGUGUUUAGCGUGAUCUCGAUUAAUGUAUCAUUGAUCAUAACUUUCUGCAAUGCGUUGCCGACCGAUUCUUUCACAGUAAUAUGGCAGUUACCUGAUACCUUAUACGCCUCACUUUCGUUUGGAACACAUUCUGGUUUUGAUUCAAAAGUUAUGGAGCUCAAAUCGAUCUCUGUCGGCGUAUCGCCUAGUACGAUAG